AUGUCAGAAUCCAAGGAAUCGAAGGGCAAGGGACCCGAGGCGCCGUCCUCGGACAAGCAAUCCAAAACCGACAAAGGGAGCGCCGUGAAAUUGAACCCCCAGAUGGUGGAAUCGCUGUUGGAGAACAACCCCGCUCUCAGGAACGAGAUGGCCGGUAUGAACAAGGAGGAGGCGGCGGAGGCAUUGCGCAAGAUGAACAUCGCCGACCUGCUGACGGGUCUCUCGGUUUCCGGCAAAAACCAGAAGGACAUGGCUUCGUACAGGUUCUGGCAGACGCAGCCUGUGCCCCGAUUCGAUGAGACGAGCAGCGACGUGGGUGGGCCCAUCAAGAUGAUCGACCCGGAGAAGGUGUCGAAGGAGCCGGAUACGCUGAUUGAAGGGUUCGAAUGGGCAACGUUGGAUUUGACGAAUGAGGCUGAGCUGCGCGAGCUGUGGGAUCUGUUGACGUAUCACUACGUUGAGGAUGACAAUGCCAUGUUCCGAUUCAGAUACGCGGAAUCCUUUCUACACUGGGCUCUGAUGUCCCCGGGCUGGAAAAAGGAAUGGCACGUCGGUGUCCGCGCUACCAAGUCCCGCAAAUUAGUGGCAUCUAUCUGCGGUGUGCCUACUGAGAUUCGUGUUCGUGAUCAGAAGAUUAAGGUGGUGGAGAUCAAUUUCCUCUGCAUUCACAAGAAGCUCCGCUCCAAGCGUUUGACACCCGUUCUCAUCAAGGAGAUCACCCGUCGUAGCUAUCUGAAUGGCAUCUACCAGGCCAUCUAUACCGCCGGUGUGGUGCUCCCCACUCCCGUCAGCUCGUGCCGGUACUACCACCGUCCUCUGGACUGGUUGAAGCUCUAUGAAGUCGGCUUCUCUCCUCUUCCUGCUGGCUCCACCAAGGCCCGCCAGAUCACCAAGAAUCACCUGCCUAGCAGCACCUCGACCCCUGGCCUGCGUCCGAUGGAGUCUAAGGACAUCGACGCCGUCCAGGACUUGCUGGAGCGGUACUCCUCGCGCUUCGCUCUGAACCAGGCAUUUACCCGGGAGGAAAUCGACCAUUGGCUGGUGCACAAACCAGAGGUGGUGAAGGAGCAGGUCGUCUGGUCAUACGUGGUGGAAGACGCCGACACUCACAAGAUCACCGACUUCUUCUCAUUUUACAACCUCGAAUCGACUGUCAUUCAGAAUGCGAAGCACGAUAACGUGCGUGCUGCUUAUCUGUAUUACUAUGCGACUGAAGUUGCGUUCACCAAGGACAUGAAGGCUCUCAAGGAGCGUCUACUGAUGCUGAUGAAUGAUUGCCUGAUCCUGGCCAAGAAGGCGAAAUUCGACGUCUUCAACGCUCUCACACUUCACGAUAACCCCCUGUUCCUCGAGCAGCUCAAAUUCGGCGCAGGCGAUGGUCAACUCCAUUUCUACCUCUACAAUUACCGAACCGCCCCUAUUCCGGGAGGAGUCAACGAGAAGAAUCUGCCGGAUGAGAAGAGAAUGGGAGGAGUUGGCAUUGUCAUGCUGUAG